AUGGUGGAAUCGAAGACAUCAAGAUUGUCAAAAUCAGCUGUAUGUUUUGCAGUAUUGUUGUUCAUCUUCUUUCUCCAGAUUAUUGCCAUACGAGAUGCAACCACGUGGAAAGUGAAACUGAGUCACAUUCUCUCACUUUCGGAGUGGUAUCAAAGUGCUAUAAUCACAUGUGACCGCUCUCAUAAAGAUUUCGAUAUUUGCACAGUUAAUAGCCCAACACUUUUGGACCAUGCUUCCUCAACUCUCUUUACUUUGGGCCCCCAUUCACGGGCCCAGCCCAAUAACCCUGUGAAAAUCCAUCCUUACCCUCUUAAAAAUGACAAGACAGCAAUGUCCUAUGUGAAAGAAAUCACAAUCACCUCAUCUCCACCAAAACAAACGUGUGGUGUCACACACCAUAGCCCAGCACUUGUAUUCAGUGCGGGUGGGUACACUGGAAACUUCUUCCAUGAAAUAAACGAGAACUUCAUCCCACUCUUCAUCACCAUCAAUUCCUUAUUCCCUAAUCAAGAUGUUGUACUUGUGAUCACUGGGGGAAUGAUCUGGUGGUUCCAGAAGUAUGCUGAAUUGUUAUCCGCGUUUAGUCAUGGCCACUUGAUCAUCAACACAAAGAACUUAACAACCAAUCAUUGUUUUUCAUCAGCCACCAUAGGGUUGAUAAAGCACGGGCCCAUGAUCAUAGACCCAAAAUUGUUACCAUUUCCUAAAACCCUUUUUGAUUUCCAUACAUUUCUAAAAAAUGCAUAUACCAAAGAUGGCACCCCAUUAUUGUAUCCCAACAAGUGGGGGAGGCCAAAUCUCACAUUGGUGAGUAGAAGAGGGAAUGUGAGCCGUGUGAUUUUAAAUCAAGAUGAAGUCAUAAAGGUAGCUGAGGAAGUGGGGUUCAAUGUGCAUGUGUUGGAGCCAUCAAAAAACUCCUCUAUGGUCAAAGCUUAUAGGCUUAUUCACACAAGUCAUGUUAUGUUAGGUGUGCAUGGUGCAGGCCUAACACAUUUUUUGUUCCUUAGGCCAGGGUCAGUGUUGGUGCAGGUGGUGCCUAUUGGAACUGAUUGGCCUUCUAGAACUUACUAUAAGGACCCAACUAAGAUUUUGGGGUUGGAAUACAUAGAGUACAAGAUUCAGGCCAAUGAAAGCAGCUUGUCAGAGAGUUAUGGAGCUAAUAGCUUAGCGAUCAAGGACCCAAAAGCUUUUCAUGAGGAAAAAUGGGCCAAGAAACGAAUAUAUUUGAAGAAGCAAAAUGUAAAACUUGAUAUCACCAGGUUUAGAAAGUGCUUGACAAAAGCGUACAAAAAGGCCAAGAUAUUUAUGGACAGAAUCAGUUAG